AUGGCGGCGGCGAAGGGCCGGCGGGGCCCCGCGGGGCAGGGCGUGGCGGCGCUGCGGGCGCAGGCACAGGCGCGGCGCAUCGGAGCGGUGUUCCAGCAGCGCGUAGCGGACGCGGACGCGGAGGCGAAGAGCGCGUGGCGCACGCCCGCGAAGCAGGCGGCGUCGCCAGCGCGGCGGCGCGGGUCGGGGGGCGCGUCACCCGGGCGGGUGCGGUCCGGGAGGGUGGGGGGGGGGUCCGGGGAGGAGUCGGCGGCGCUUGCGUCAGUGCCGUCGGCGCGGCCGCUGCAAGACCGCCUGCAGGUGUGCGCGGACACGCUGGGGAAGCUCGCAACGAUCGACCAGACCUCGGGACCCACGCUGACGAUGGUCUCGGACGAGGUCAGCAAGCUGCAGCGCCUGUGGGCGUCCUGGGAGGCGCGCGCGACGGGGCAGAUCCGGCAGCUCAAGGCGGCGGCGGGCUCGGAGCGGUACCGCGUGCGGCAGGCCGAGGACGCGCGCGGCGCCGCGGAGACGCGCGCGGCGGCCGCGGACGCGACGGUCGCGCGGCUCGAGACGGCCGUGCGCGCGGCGAACGACCGCGCAGAGGAGCAGGCGCAGGCGGCGGACCGCGCGCUCGCGGAGGAGCACCGCCGCGGCGCGGAGCUGCAGGGGCUGCUCGAGGAGUACGAGGCGCUCGUGACGCAGCGCGAGGACGAGGUCGUGCACCUCGGGCGGCUGCUGCAAGCCGUGUGGGAGGGCGCCGUGUCGCCGCGGGACCUCCCGAAACACGUGGACUUCUCCGUGCUGCAGCAGAUGUCGCUCGGGCUGACGCAGGCGGUGCGGAAGGCGGCGCCGACGCCGAGGAACGGCGCGGCCACGCCCGCGGGCGCGCCGGCCCCGUCGCCGCUGAAAGGGGGCGUGGUGCAUCUCACCGCGCGCGGGUCCGUCGCGGCGUCCAACCUUAACCCGCUGGACGCGUCCGACUGGGGCAUCACGCUCAGCGCGCGCUCGGAGAAGAAGGCGCCCGUCGGCGUCCCGAAGUUGCGCCUCAGCAACCUUGUUGUUGUGGCAAAGCCCCUGCGCGCCCCCGCGGGCGCGCCUCCGGCGCCACAGCCCGCGCAGACACCCGGGGCGAUGCCCGCGGAGUACCUCUCCGACACCGAGUACGACAGCGACGCCAGCGACGGCGACGGCAGCGCGAUGCCAAGCGCCCGCACGUUCGACCACGGCGCGGAGGCGCGGGCGCUCGCCGCGGCGCCGGACCAGGCGGGCCCGGCGCUGGACAAGGAGCAGCUGCUCCUGCCGCGCAACGCGCCGCCCCUGACGGCGAUCCGCGAGCACGACACCUGCGGCGAAGGCGCGCUGGAUGACGACGCGAGUCCGCCGAUACCGCCUCCGGCGGGGCUGGGCGACACGCCGGAGUCCACGCGGGACAGCUGCGCGGCGCCCGGCGGGGCGCGGGCGGCGCGCAGGUGCGCGGACGGCUCGUCGGGCGUCGGUGUCGCGGAGUCUGACGCGCACCCGCUGAUGGGGUCCGUCCGGCUGGGCAGCCCGGUUCUGCCGGCGGCGCCGGGGUGCGCGGGUCCGCCGACGGAGCGCAAGCUUGAGCGGUCGUUCGCCGCGGCGCCGGAGAUGACCGACCUGGAGGGGAGCGUGAUGGGGCAGGUGGCGGCGUCGGGGGGGCUGGUGGUGCGCGGGUCGGCGCCGUCGCCGCCGUUCCCGCGCCGGUCGAGCGCCGGGAUGACCGAGGGGGCCGCGAGCUGCAGUCCCGGGGUGUCGGGCGCGACAGGCGUAUCUCCUGUGCGCGCGAGCGACAGUGUUGUGUCGGGGAGGUCCGGUGCGCGGAGCGCUGCUGGGAGCGGUGCGCGGAGCCACCGGUCGGCGGUCGGCGCGCGUGGGCGAGCGUAG